AUGGCAGAUAACAGCAAGAUAACCCUCGGCCGCUACAUGUGGGAGCGUAUCCACCAAAUUGGUGUCGACACAAUCUUCGGUGUACCCGGCGACUUCAACCUGCAAUUCCUGGACUCCAUCUACCUUACCCCAGGAUUGACCUUUGUCACCAACCAAAACGAACUGAACGCUGCCUACGCCGCCGAUGGAUACGCCCGCAUCAAGAACACGCCCGGAUGUCUCGUGACCACGCAUGGUGUGGGUGAACUUUCGGCUUUGAACGGCAUCGCAGGUAGCAUGAGUGAACACGUUAAAGUUGUCCAUGUUGUUGGGCAAACUACGCGGGCCAUGCAGAAGAACAACAUGAUGAUCCACCACAGUAUUGGAAACAAGCCAAAUCACCAAAUGUACAACAAGGCUAGCGAGGGGCUGAGGUUCGCGGCUGCAGAACUCUGGGAUGUUGCAGAUGCACCGAAGGAGAUUGAUAGGGUGCUACGGGAGUGCGUUAUCAAGAGUGGGCCUGUCUACAUCUUCUUGCCGCUGGAUCUGAGUGCCGAGAUGGUAGAUGCUGGGUUAUUGGAAACUCCCCUUGAUCUUGCGCCGCAUGUGGAUGAGAAGGCUCGGGAUGAAGCGGUCAAAGCUAUCGUGGCUGCAGUCGCUGAAGCUAAACAGCCUACCGUACUGGUAGACGCUCUCGUCCAUCGCUUUAAUGCUGUACAGGAAGCCGCGCAGCUAGUCCGCAAACUCAACGUCCCUUUCUUCUCAGCAACGAUGGGCAAGGGUAUUGUCGAUGAGACAGAAGAGAACUUCGUCGGGGUAUGGAAUGGCGAAGUCAGUUCUCCAGGUGUCAAAGAAGCUGCGAAACAAGCAGAUCUGGUGGUAACCCUGGGGUACAUACCUGCUGAUACGAACUCGGCUGGUUUCUCAAGACCGCUGGACGAGACCAACACCAUCCACAUCAACCCGCACGAAGUCGUCGUCAAAGGCAAAUCCUACCCCAACACACCCAUCAAAGCCCUCCUCGAAGCUCUAACCAUCGCCCUACCAUCAACCCCCCAACACAAGAUCCCCAAACCACAACUCCCAGCACCCCGCACACCCCUCGACGCCAAAUCAGCCCACCUAACGCAAUCCCAACUCUGGCCCGCCAUCCAAUCCUUCAUCCGCCCGGGCGACGCUCUCGUCAGCGAAACCGGAACCUCGAAUUCCGGUCUAUGUGACAUUGAUUUCCCAGCGGACAUCAGACUCGUUACGCAGAUCUACUAUGGAAGUAUUGGGUUUGCUACUGCUGCGACGCUAGGUGUGGAUAUAGCGCGGAGGGAGCUCGACAAGAAAGGAGAGGGACGGACUAUUCUCAUGACGGGAGAUGGAAGCAUGGCUUUGACGAUCCAGGAGAUUGGGACGAUGAUCAAGGCGGAGUCAUACAACGACAUCGUCCCGCACAACUACUCGCACCUCCUGCCCCUCUACCGCCACCCAGACCCCGAAUCCUCCUUCCACCGCGCAACUACUCUAUCAGAACUCUCCGCUAUCCUAAACAAACCGCAGUUGCAGAACCCGCAGAACGUCCAGCUUGUGGAACUCGUGCUGGAUAAGAUGGAUACGAGUUGGAAGUUGGGGACUGCGCUCGCGUGGAGGAGCGAGGAGCACAAGGAGUAUCUUACCAGAGAGGGCUUUGUGGAUACGUAUGGGGGGUGGGGGUUGGAUGGCAAGGCUGGGGGGAGUGUGAAGUGGAGUUGA